AUGGCGAAUGAGGACCUGAUCACCGUUGACUACCAAGACCGCAUCGCGAUCGUCACCCUCAAUCGACCAGAGAAGCUCAAUGCGCUCGACCAGGACCUAUACUAUCUCCUCGGUGAACGCCUAAGGGAGAUCGAGAAGCGCGAUGACAUCUUCAUCACUGUUCUCACGGGCACGGGACGGUUCUUCUCAGCCGGAGCCGAUGUCGGUAUCACCAGGCCAAAUGGCGCGUUGAGCAGCAAUGCCCGCCGAGAGAUCGUCAAGGGGUUUUUCGCCAGCAACGUAGACCUGACGCGCACCUUCUACACGCAUCCGAAGAUCCUGGUGGCGGCGCUGAACGGGCCGGCAGUUGGCCUGUCCGCUGCGCUGGUCGCCCACGCGGACUUUGUGUACGCCGCGCCGCAUACUUUCCUACUGACGCCAUUCUCGUCGCUCGGCCUGGUUGCCGAGGGGGGCGCGUCGCGCGCGUUGGUCGAGCGGUUGGGCAUCGCCAAGGCCAACGAGGCGCUCCUCAUGAGCAAGCGCAUCACCUGCGACGAGCUUGUGGCUGCCGGGUUCGUCAACAAGGUUAUUGCCGCCCCGUCGGGGAGAGCAGACGACUCGGCGGGUUUCCUCGCCAAGGUGCUCGAGGAGGUCGAGGACCGGCUCGGCACGCACCUGAACCAAACCAGCUUGCUUCAAAUCAAGGAGCUGAUCCGGAGACCUGAACGGGAGAUUCUCGACCGCCAGAACAGCCUCGAGGCAUUCAUGGGUCUGGAACGCUUUUUGAGCGGCGUGCCGCAGGAGGAAUUCCGCAAGAUAGCCGCGGGGGAGAAGAAACAUAAGCUGUGA